AGCACAAACUCUCCGCCCGCUUUGAGACUAGUCACGGGCGGAACAUUUUGUAGGCCUACUUUAGUCUCUAACUCCUGAUUCGCGGCAUCAGAGUAGCAGUAACUUCUUCUCCAUAACUUCAUACAAUGUAUUGGAUAAGGGAUUACAGGUUGCACAACUCCGUACGUGACUUCACUGCUAAAUACCUCUGGAAUGUCUAAUAUAAAAUCCACACCGAACACCCAUAAGCAAAGUGUUACUUCUCAAACACUCUACCUCAUCAGUUCACUACACUACUAUUACCUUCUUCACCAUGUUCUCCCCAACCAAGAAGUUCCACAAGACACCCUACCCAUCGAUUGACCCGACUCGCCCCGAGCUUAGUGCAAAAGGCAAAACCGUCAUUGUCACGGGUGGAGGAACCGGCAUUGGCGCAGAGACGGCAAAGAGUUUUGCCAAAGCAGGCGCCUCUCGCAUUGCUCUCCUCGGCCGCCGAGAACAACCUCUUCUCGACACCAAGGCCAUGAUCGAAGCGGAGUUCCCUGGAGCCGAGGUGCUCGCCAUCGCCACCGAUAUGGCCAAGAAAAACGAGGUGGAGGCGGCAUUUGCAAAGGUGGGAGGAAAGGUGGAUGUUUUGAUCAGCAAUGCAGCAGUCCUGGGUAAGCUGGGAAACGUUGCAGACAUGAGCACCGAAGAAUUCAUGUCCGGCAUCAUGAUCAACUUGCAAGGCAAUGUCAACGUUGCCAAGACGUUCCUCAAGUACGCAACUACUAACGGCGUCGUUGUGGAGACCAACUCGGCUGCCGCGCAUCUCACCAUCACAGGCGGAUUCUCGUCGUACAAUGUGGCGAAAGCAGCCACGGCCCGCUUUUACAGCUCCCUGGCAUACGAGCAUCCAGAGAUGUCCAUGUUCAGUGUUCAGCCGGGGGCCGUGGCCACAGCUAUGAACAAGGAGGCGGGGUAUAAGCCAAAGGAAGAGGGUAAGGAAGCCCAAUGGCAAGGAGAUGGGGCUAGUGUCUUGGACGGGUAUGACGAUGUGAGCCUGCCGGCGAACUUCAAUGUCUGGCUCGCUAGCCCGGAGGCGCGCUUCCUCAAGGGCAAGUUCCUGUGGGCAAACUGGGACGUGGAUGAGCUUAAGGCGAGGGCGGAAGAGCUUGCGAAGGGGCCGCUGUUAAGCUUCGGACUUAUCGGCUGGCCCUUUGCAUAGACUACCUAGAAAACGUGCACUAAGCUAUUUAUGGUCGGUAAUGAAGGAUAUCGUCGUAGGGCGCAUCUUCCCCCCGGUCCAUCUGUAUGGGUCAUGUGUGCCACUUUCGGUGACUCGGUGCUUUUCAUGAUGGAUGUGCAGUGGCACCAAGACGUCCCCCUUCCACUCACACAUUGCACGGCGCUUUUCCCCCCGCAGAUUUGUUACUGCAUCUGUU